GAAAAAAAAAGAAAAAAAAAUAAUACAAACGCAAAAUAUCCAUGCAAUAUUUUGAAAAAGUACCAUUUGAUAUUUAAUUUAAAAAAAAAAGAUAAACGCAGGAUUUUAAGCUUUUGUUAUCCAAUUGAUUACUUAGUGUGUAUACAAUGAAAACUUUAGAUAAAAAUAAUUUGCUUUGUGUAAUGAGAAGAGAUAAAAAUUAAGUGAAGAAAACAAAAAAAAGAAAUAUAAUAAUAACUGAAAAUUAAAUCGUUUAAUAGUGAUAGGUGAUAAAUUCAAACAAAAUUUUGACAUUAAAAGGAGAAGGUGGCGUCAGAAUCUCUUAAAUCAAGAAACGAAAUAAAACUCAUCGAUUAUAAAGGUACAUCUAUGAUUGAAGAAAUAUACUAAAAAUGGGGAAGCAGAAUAGUAAGUUAAAGCCGGAAGUACUUGAAGAUCUAAAACAAAAUACAGAAUUCACAGAUGCUGAAAUUCAAGAAUGGUAUAAGGGAUUUCUUAAAGACUGUCCAAGUGGACACUUGUCUGUAGAAGAAUUCAAAAAAAUAUAUGGAAAUUUCUUUCCUUAUGGCGAUGCGAGUAAGUUUGCUGAGCAUGUAUUUCGAACAUUUGAUGCCAAUGGAGAUGGAACUAUUGACUUUCGGGAAUUUUUGUGUGCACUCAGUGUUACUAGUCGAGGAAAACUAGAGCAAAAACUUAAAUGGGCUUUUUCUAUGUAUGACUUAGAUGGAAAUGGAUACAUAUCAAGACAGGAAAUGCUUGAAAUUGUUACUGCAAUUUAUAAAAUGGUCGGUAGCGUUAUGAAAAUGCCAGAAGAUGAAAGCACACCAGAAAAAAGAACAGAUAAAAUUUUUCGUCAGAUGGACAAAAAUAAGGAUGGCAAACUAAGUCUUGAAGAAUUCAUAGAAGGCGCCAAAAGUGAUCCGUCAAUUGUUAGAUUGUUGCAAUGCGAUCCGCAGGCACAGUGAACAAUUUCAUUAACAAUUUCGCACUUUAAAAACGAAAAAUACCUAUCCUAUUUGCAUUAUUCAAUACGUUAAAUUUUCCUAAGAACCACAAUUUACUUACAGUAAUUAUUAUAAUAUCUAAACAAACAAUAUAUAUAUGUAUAUAAUAUCAUAAAUAUAUAUAGGUGAUAUAUAAUAUAUGAUAUAAUAUAUAUAAAUAUAUAUAUAUAGGUGUAUUCAUACUCACAAAUUUCUUCAAAUGCAUCACUAAAAAUUAAGAAAAAAAGUUUGUUACAAUAAUUGUACAAUUGCUUUGGAUUUUACGGAGUUUGAAAAAUGUAGGAAAAAAGAUAAACUUUUAAGUAAAAAUUUCCAAUAACUCGGCAAUUCAUAUUUGAAAAAUCAAAUUCAUAUAAAAUAUUUAAAAAUCAAGAGUUAUCGUUACCUCUGCGUACGCAUUAUAAAUUAAAAAGGUGGAAAUCCAAAACAAUCCAAAACAGCUAUUGUAAAAUCCUAAAUAAUUAUAGAAAAGAACUUAAAUCUUUAAAUUGAGCUCCUUCCUAAAACAUAGUUAAGAUACUUUUUUUUAAAUUUUCAUCUUAUUGGUUUUGCAACAUAUCUUAAAGUAAGUAAUUGAUUUUGUUUUUGUGUCUUUUAAAGUAUAACAAAUUUUUUAUAUACCUACCUAAAUAUGUAUUCGUUUGUUUUGUUUUUUUUUUUUUUUUUGGUAAAUAUAA